CGGCCAGAUCCCGACGCGGCGACGUCGAGGACGGCAGGGAGCUCGGGGUCUCCUCUCCGAGGAGGAGGCGGUCGCCGGGGUGGAGGUGGCAGUCUAGGAAGAAGGAAGAGGAGCCCCGAGGGCGGGAGUGGGGAUGGACCGGGAAAAGCCACGCACGUCCCGUGCAUCCUCCACCUCCAGCCUCGGACGCGAGGUGCGGUGUGCUUGCCAGUACUACCAGAGCGACUCGCUCCUGCCGGAACGGCGAGUCCUGGUGGGCAGGCCGUCCUCGAGGGCCGCCAUGCAGACGCCGCCGCCGCAGGUGUCGCACGUGGUCAUCGUACCCUGCGAUCAUGAGUACGAGCCGAUCGCAAGACCGUCCUCGCCGUCGUCGCGGACUCCUGGCCACCAAAUCGCCCCGGUGGUCAAGAUCACCGACACGGACGUGACCCACGUCGCGGACAGCGACGAGAGCUUCGACGGACGUGGACAAUACUUACCGACGCUGCUCCUCGACGGAGAUGUGGUCCUUCCACUGGAUGGUCAGAUCGAGGACAACGCGAUGGAAGGCAGAGAGCUCGGCGAAGCGGUCGACACCUCCGAGGAACAGGAAACUGCCCAACAGCUUCAGGACAGACUCGAGGAGCGGUUCCUCGACGCGGCGACCCCGGGCACCGAGUCUAGAACCGAUGGAGAAGUUAACACCAGCCAGGUAGACUCGUUGGCUCUGGAGGAGCUUCCCCUUCGACGAGGAGCCCGGGGUCUGCCUCAACGCCUGCGGAGCCAGGCCGGGAAGCUGCGUUCCCGGCUGAAAGGCAUCCAGCGUCCGUCCUUCAUCAGCCCGAGCGAACGACAGAAGCCCGAGAAGACGAAGAGUCCAAAGCCCGAGAAGCCAAGGACGGAGAAGCGCACGCGAAUGGAGAGGCUGCGAUCCUCCCUGCCGGAACGUCCUCGAUUUUCCCUGCCGGACCGACCCCGCUUCAACCUGCCGGACAGAUCCAAGUUCCACCUGCCAGAGAGGCCGCGGUUCAGCUUCCCGGAUAAGUCCCGCUUCAGCAUCAAGAAGCCCAACAUCCACCUGCCAGGAUUGAGCAGGUCGCGGAAGCCGAAGGACCAGCAGCGCUCGCAGCGCUCCACAGGGUCCAGCUCCGGGUCCAAGAGGAACAUCUUCGACUUCAGCACGUACCCUCGGAUCUUCGACAAGAAGAAGAAGCGCACCGAGUACACGACCUCGUCCCCGAAGGAGUCCCGGGCCCAGUCAGCGGAGGUCUCCACCUUCCCCAGGGCGAGGAAGACGGUGCCGCUGAGUGCGCGCUGGGCGCAGGGCUUCGACGACAUGAACUUCAUGGACGACGAACCAGGAACCGUGGUCGAGAGGGCGAAACCCUGGCGACGGCCCUCCAUGGAGGAGCCCAGGGUCGCGUUGAGGUUGCAGGACUCCCUGGAUGAGCCAGACCGCGUGCCCUGGGAGGAGUCCAGAGAGGACAAAGAGGACACCCAGGGCUACGACGAGUACGAGGAAGACUCCGACGAAGCUAGACACAGGUCCUUCAAGCUCGAGGACUCCUUCGACCGGGGUAAGAUCGACCCCAGGCUCUACGGCGACCAGGUGGCUCAUGCCGUGUACCUGCGCGAGUCCGAGGACGGCGUAGACGUGGUGGAGGUCACUACGAAGUGGCGCGAAGGGGACCUCGAUGACCUGCAGAAGGAAGACGCCUUUCAGCACCAAAACGGAGUCUCCAAACACGAGAAGCUGUACGAACCGUCUUUCUUGCCCGUGGACCCCAGAGAGAAGAGCAAGAGCGCGACCUCGGUGAAGACCGAGGAGGAGGAAGAAGAGGAGCCGGCGGAAGAGGAGCAGGAAGAAUCCAUGCCCUCCGAUAGGGAGCAACAGCAGUCCAGCGGCAGCUCCUGCGAUCGCAGGAGACGAGGAGUCAUCGAGGAACUCGAUUCCGAUGAGUUCUUCCUCAGGGCGCGCGGCAUCAGCCAAGACGACAUGAUCGUAGGUAGGUCCCUGGCGAAGGAGAUCCGGGAGGCGUUCAGGUCGACCGGGAACGCAUUAGCUGACGAUGACAUUGGUCUUUCGUCGGUUCCACCUCAGAGACCCAGUAGGAGGUCAACGAGGAAGCGGAAGGACGACUCCAUGGAGUCCAUCCACCGCAGUGUCCGAGAAAGCAUCGAGGAACACGAUUACGACACACCCUAUCCUGAAAAGGAUUUAAACGCUUCAUCUAGGCACCACAUUCUGUACCAAGCUGAGCUCACUUACGCGGAUGAACCCUCCACGGAGCCGUUGGAUGACAUCGUGGUGGUUAAACCCACGCGGAAGAAGUCCAGGUCGUCCAUUCGUAGCCGAUCUCACCUGGACUCGAUUCACCAGGAGGACGUUGUCUGCUCGACUCCCCCUAUAGCUCCUCGUCGCCGGAAACGAGGGAGGGACGAACUGGAGGUCGAUAAGAAGGCGACGCGGAGGACCGGCACCGUCUGCAAUGGACACAGGGAAUGGACGGAAGCCGGUGAUGGCGGUGCGGCAGAAGAUAUGGCUUUCCGCAAAGAGUCCAGGCAAGACCUACCCCAGGAACUGGUGCACGAGUACAUGGAAACGACCCCAAGACCUCCGAAGAGGAUAUCUCGUUCCAGGACAACGUCCUUGGCAGCCCUGGACCGCGUGGACCGCGAGUCGUCAUCGGCUCGGGACCGGCAGAUCUUCUCGAAGAUGGAUGGAGGUUACACGGGACCAGCACCAGUUCCUCCGAAGAGGAUUUCUAGAUCGAGGGCGACAUCGUUAGCGGCCUUGAACGUCGACCGCGGCCCAUCUGGAAUUGAAACCAUGCAGAUUAACAGAAGACCGACCCCCAUACCACCGAAAAGAAUGUCCAGGUCUAGAGCGACGUCGUUGGCGAUCUUGAACUUCGAGCGCAGCCAGUCGACGGUCCAGGACGCACUGCGGAGGCUGGACAGAGACUAUGCGGAAUCUAGACCAGUCCCUCCAAAGAGGAUAUCCCGGUCGAGGACAUCACUGGCCUCGUUGACCAUAGAUCGGGGCCAGUCUUCGAUAUUCAACAGGGAUACCCUGAAGAGACUCGAGCACGACUACAUAGAGCCUGCACCAGUGCCCCCGAAGAGGAUGUCACGGUCCAGGACCACAUCCUUGGCUUCCUUGAAUGUAGAUCGAGGCUCCUCGGCGGUCCUGAACAGAGAGGCCUUGAAGAGACUCGAGCAGGACUACAUAGAGCCAGCACCCGUCGCCCCGAAGAGGCUUUCCAGGUCGAGAGCGACGUCGCUGGCCGCGCUGGACGACGACCGGACGUCGCGGGGUGCCGAGUCGUUGCCGGAGUUCGGUUACGACGAAGACUUCCCACGGGAGGAUACGGUCUCCAGGGAUCUUCCAGGGUACGCGACCAUCGAUAAACGGGAGAAGCCUCCCAGACCGCCUCCCCCUAGAAGAAAGCGGAACAAGUUCUCGACGACGCCCAGACAGUCCGCACCCACCAGACCGAUCAGAGCUUACAGCACCCUAGGGCCCUCCAGGACGAGUUCCGCGAUGGAGUUCCGCGGCUCCACGCCCUACGUGGAGCUGGACUCCGACGAGAGCGAGCUGAAGGACUUGAGAAGCGGCGAGGUCCUGAGCAGAAUGCAAGGCCGUCCGCUUCCAGCUCCUCCGAGGCCUCCGAGGGUCCGAAGAGACUCCAUGGACCGUCCCAGGGACAGAUCCGCGGAUGCCUUGCGUGGAACUGUGGCUACGGAAGUCGUGGCUUCUACGCAAACCGAUCCUCUUCCCGAUGACCUUGUGAUCGAGGAGGAGAUCACCCAAGCGAAGCUGGUGGUGGCUCCGUCCAGGACGGGGUCACAGAUCCUUGUCUCGAUGGAGCGCAUCCCUAGCCCUAGCCAGCUCUCCGCUGCUGCGUCCAUACCUGCUUUCCCUAUUUUAUCCGACCUGAGACGCGAAGAGCGUUCUCCAUCUCCAGACGUCCCCGAAGACACGCCGAUCGAGAGUGCUGCGCAAGAACGACGCGUACCGACCGAGACGGAGAGAACUCAGGAGCGUGCGCCAACUCCUUCGGCGGGAGUGGAGGAUUCCCUGAGAGUCACCAGCCUGGAAGUCGGAGACCUUCGAGUGGACAGACUGAGCGUCUCUCAGCUGGAUGCCCAGAAGAUCUCAGCGUCGGAGCUAGACACUACCGUGAUAUCCGCCUCCGAGGUGGCAACUCCCCUAAGUGUAGACACGAGCCUGCACCCUUCUCUCCUACGGGAGCUGAUCGCCAUCAGGAGCCACUUGGAGGCCGUUGCAGCUGCCCAGCAGCAAGUUAGGCCGGCGCCCUUCGAAGCCGUCCUUACCUCGAGAGCUACAACGGAAUCACCCAGGCCGACUAUCGAACGAUCAUCCGUGGGGCAAAAUGUGGACGGAUUGAUAUCGUCCCUGCAGGACGCUCAUUUGAGCGACGGUGACCACGAGAAGGAGACCCUGAGAGUCCUAGAAGACAAGCAGCAAGAGAUAAGGUCCCGGUUGCCUCCGGAUGCCCGUGCUUCAACAGAGGAUCUGCGGCAACCUGCUUCGGAACCAAAACCCCAGGUCGAGGUCGCGUACACCGCUGAAACAUCCCCAGACGAGCCAAAGACCAUUUCCCCUGAUGACCCAAAAAUCACAGAAGCCAUUGCCGACUCGGACGUCGAACAGCAGCGAACCAGACGCGCCAGGUCGACGUCCAGGUCCAGGUCGUCGUCGCCCAGCAGAAACGCACCGGUUCGCCAGACAGCUUCCCCCGUCAAGUCUAUGCCCCCGGUCAUCUCCGUGACUCCGGACAGAACCGACACGGUCCCUAGCCAGGUCGUCCGCUCCGAGGCACAGCCUCAACGUGCCGUCAUCUCGUACUCCCAGGAAGCCGUCGAGGAGAUCGGCAGAGACACCCGGGAGGACUCUCAGUCGCCGGUGCCCUCGGUUCCUGGACAAACCACACAGUUCAUAGCGUUUCCUUCCUCCCAGAUCCCGGCGCAGUUCUUCUCCUUGGCCUCGCCGACGGUGUUCGGCGGAGAGGCGCGAUCCUCGAGGAUCGAGCCGGAGCCGGACAUCGUCGACACGACCCAGCAACUCCUGAGGGCCCUGCGACUCGCCGGGACCAGGGCCAUGCGGCACUUUGUUGGAUACGUCAGCACCAGGAUGAGCUCCGAAGAGUCCAGGGAGAAGAUCAGGGAGGUCGAGCUGGCUUUGUGCGCUUUGUUGCUCCUCGUUGCUGGACUUCUUAUCGUCUGCUUCGGUAGCCCGCGUACCGUCACGCAUCAUCAUCACUGGGACUACUUCAACCCCCCGCAGUAGAUUGUCCCCUGGGAUUAUUCUGGAUUUAUUUACUACAUCGCUCCUAGGACUAUUUCUAUCUUCUGAAAUAAGUCGCUGAAACCUCCAUAUAUUUCAGAUGUAUCUCGUAAAUGCUCAGCAAUCAGCAGGAGUUAGGCGGUCCGAUGAUGGUGCUCCAACGUCUUCUUUCAACGCCUAGACCUCCUUUACCCCGACAAAUUGCCUAGAUAAUUAUUUAUUUGCAUCCUACUCUUCGCCUGUACCCUUCGUUUCCACCCUCAGCCAUAGAUUCGUUGUAAUAUCAUUUUAUAUAACGAACGUGUUCACGUUUCUAAGGUCGUUGUUGAGAGGACGGUUCGAUCGUUAAAGAAGAAAAAAGGGAAAAGGAUAGAUUUGUUGAAGAUUACAUUUUAAUAAACGUAUGAAUUAGUGCAAAUCAAUCACCUUGCGUUCUUUGAAUCCGUCGAUACGCGAUCCUGACGAUCGUAUUGAGAUUAUCCCGCUCUUCGCGGAUAUGCAUAAUCCGAAUCCUAUUAUUUAUUCACCAAUGUCGCCGCGUAAUGCGAAAUGUACAAAAAGCAAGAGUGAAAAUACGAAUGCAACAAUAAAGAUAUAUUUUACAAUA